UCCAACUCCCAAGCGUUUGUUUGGGAAUAAAUAAAAGGGCAAAUUUCUACAUUAAUUUUUUCUUUAUAUUCUCAUAAACCCAAAACUCCAUUACCCUUUAAAACCUUUUCAAAUUCCCAAAACCCCAUAACCUUCUUUCUCUCUUACCUUCCCCACAAUCAAAAUUCACAAUAUAUGCUUGUACAAAAUCACAUUUGCUGUACCUCUAUUGCCAGUAAUAGUGUAGGAGUUGAAUUGGUCUAACUAUUCAAUUCUUCCGGGUAAAACUAUGGAAACUGGAAGAAACCCAGCUAGCGGUCCAAAGAAAUCGCCUUUCACGCCUAAGGCUAUCAUACAUCAGAGAUUUGCUGCUAAAGCUUGCUAUAAGGUCGAGGAAGUUCAAGAGGUUGUACAAAAUGGAUGUCCUGGUUUAGUGAUCCCUCAGAAAGGUCCUUGCCUCUAUCGCUGUACUCUCCAACUUCCAGAAUUUUCUGUAGUCUCUGAAGUCUUCAAAAGAAAGAAGGAUGCUGAGCAAUCUGCUGCUGAGAAGGCUAUACAAAAGUUAGGCAUCCAGCCUAAAGAAGAUAAUCUCACUGUGGAGCAAGCGUGGGAUGAACUGGCUGGUCGACUAUCAUAUUUACUUUCAAUUGAGUUCUUGUCUUCAAUUCAUCCGCUUAGUGGGCACUUCAGAGCAGCGUUGCAGAGAGGAGGUCACCUUAAUGGAUUUAUUUCUGUAGCAGCUAUUGCUGCGUUUGAUGCUAAGAUUAAUAGCUUAUGUAAAUAUAUAAAUCCUGAAGUGGAGUGGAAUCAAUUUUUGGUGAUGUCACUUAUUAUUGAAGCAGCUAAGAGAUUAGCGAAUGCGCUUAUGUUCUCUGAGGAGAAGCUUUCAUUGCAGAGGCUAAAUCCACACCCUCCUGAGAUUAUACAUUCUUUACUAAAGAAUGAAUCUAGUCUCCCAGAGAGCAUUUCAAUUGAAGCAGUACGUAUUCCAUCUUCAGCAGAGAAGAUUGUGGAACCUUCGAUACUUGAUGCCUCUUUUGGCAAUUAUUACCUGGAUGCCAUUGCAAAGGAACUAGGGGUUAAGGAUGCUUCUAAAGUUCUGAUUUCUAGGACUAUUGGCAAAGCUUCCUCAGAAACGAGGUUGUACUUCUGUGCUCCAGAAUCCAUAACGAUUGGCCCAUCAUCAGAGUUACAUAUGAAACUAGCCAGUUCAUUUAGAGAAUUUAAUGCCAUUGCGACCUACCUAUCUGGUCAAGAAAUAUACGGUGAUGCAAUUUUGGCAUCUGUAGGAUACACCUGGAAGUCUACUGAUCUUUCUUAUGAAGAUUUAUCCUUGCGUGCAUAUUACAGAAUACUUGCCAACAAGAUACCUAGCGGAAUUUACAAGUUGUCAAGAGAAGCAAUACUUGCUGCAGAGCUGCCCACAACAUUCACAACAAGGAGCAAUUGGAGGGGUUCUUUUCCCAGAGAUAUUCUCUGCACAUUUUGCCGCCAGCAUCGAUUAUCUGAACCUGUCUUUUCAAGCGAUUCCUUUGAACCUCUGCCAGAUUUACCUGGACGUAAAAGAUUGAGGGAUACAGCAUCAAGUGGAGACGAAAUUAAUGAAGGUGGUCUUGCUGCUACUGCUACUGCUACUGCUACUGCUGUUGCACAAGGAGGGUGUACUCUAGUCUAUAGAUGUACAGUGAAGAUAUACUCCAAGUGCCAGGAUUUGAUUCUGCUGUGUUCACCAAAGGAAUCUUACAAGAAACAGACUGAUGCAAUUCAUAAUGCUGCUUUAAAAGUUCUCUUAUGGUUGGAUAGAUUUCUUGAUAAAGUUGAUAUGUCUGUGGAGGAGAUGACAUCAUCUGCAAAGGGACUUGAAGUUCUUAUUUAUCCUCAACAGUUUGUUAAGGAGUUCUCAUCAUGUCAAUUCUUGCCCAAAUAUCGGUGGAGCAGUGCAACACUAGCAGACAGCUCUCUGUGUUCUAGCUUCUCUAAUGUACAGAAGAACACGCUUGAAGACGAAGUAGCAUCUGUUAGGAUAAGUGGUGAAUAUUCUGGAACGACUCCAUCUAAUGGUUCUUUGGUGUGUGUGACUUACAACAUAUAUUUAGUCACGGAAAGGGAAGGCAUUAAGGAACAGCUUGAAGGGUCUGAAGAGUUUGAGUUUGAGAUUGGCAGUGGAGCCACAUCACCUGUUCUUGAAGCAGUUGUAACACAGAUGUCCAUUGAUCAGUCUGCAUGUUUUACUAUGGAAUUGCCUUCCAAAGAGAUUGUUCUAGCAGUGGCUCGUGAUUCUACAACUGUCCUUUCAUUAUUGUCUUCAGGUACUUGUACAAUGAAAUGUGAAGUCACCUUGCUGCGGGUGACAGUACCCCUGGAGGAUAGAAUGGAGCAGGCCUUAUUCUCUCCCCCAUUAUCAAAACAACGUGUUGAAUAUGCAUUGCAACACAUUAGAGAAUCUUGUGCUGCCUCUUUGGUUGAUUUUGGAUGUGGUUCUGGAAGUCUCCUGGAGUCUUUAUUAGCUUAUCAAACUUCUCUUGAGAAAAUAGUAGGCGUUGAUAUUUCACAGAAAGCUCUUGCUCGUGCUGCCAAGAUACUUCAUUCAAAACUCAAUGGAAAUAUAGAAGCUGAACAACUGACUAACAGAAUCAAGUCUGCAAUACUAUAUAGGGGUUCAAUUUUGACUUGUGAUUCUCGGUUAUGUGGGUAUGACAUUGCAACCUGCUUGGAGGUGAUUGAACACAUGGAGGAACAUGAAGCGUGCUUGUUUGGCGAUAUCGUGCUCAGUUCAUUUUGUCCACAGAUUCUUAUAGUCUCCACUCCCAAUUAUGAGUACAAUGUGAUUCUCCAGAAUUCUUCUCCUCAAUACCAGGAAGAGGAUCCAGAUGAGAAGAGCCAGCAGCAAUCUUGCAAAUUUCGCAAUCACGAUCACAAAUUCGAGUGGACUAGACAGCAAUUUUGCCAAUGGGCAUCUGAGCUAGCUUUAAGGCAUAAUUAUGAUGUUGAGUUCAGUGGAGUUGGCGGAGAGCCUAACAAAGAACCAGGAUUUGCCUCCCAAAUUGCUGUCUUUAGAAGAAAAGAUGGCAGUCCCGCGAAUGCAGACUUUACUAAACACUUUGAUGUUAUUUGGGAAUGGAGUAGCAGCAGUAAUUCAAGAUCCUAACUGUAGAUGCUUUCUAACAAACUCAUUUUUUGCUGCAUCUUAACUGUAGAUGCUCUCUAACAAACUCAUUUUUUGGUUAGUCAUGUCGAUUUCAGAAGUUAUAGAAGUCUGCUCCUCCAUUCAUACCUCUUCUUUUCCCCCUUCUAAAUGGAAGAUUUGCUCAUAAUUUCUUUUGCUUAUACUAAGUGCUGACUGUUCUAGAAAAUCAUACUUAGUAUUCCUUACCUAAAUGCGCAGAAAUAUCUACUUACUAGGUGCAAAAUGAUACUAGUUGUUUGAAGAAGAAAAAUACGGUACUCCUAACUCAUGGUUUAACAUUUAUGCUUGAGUUUUAGUUUUGUUCGGUUUUCCUUUCACCUUCACUUGUAGAGAUGGCCUGUUGUGAGGUCAUACUCAUGGUUACAGACUCGUCCGCGUGGAGAAGUUUCUGUUCAUCGAUAGGAACAAUCUCUUUGUGCUUGUACCAGUUGGCCCAAAAGACAUAGUUCCCAAAGUUGAGCAAGCUGAGGAUUGCUAGGAAGAACCAGUAGAAAAGUUCGAUAUGGUUCUUGUUCAUGUCUCUCCAUUGAAGCCAUCCUUGCUUGUUGGAAGUGAGCUCUGAAGUGAUUGUGUUGAUGAGCUCAACAAAAGCUGAGCUCAAGUAGUAGCCAAUGGAGAACGAUAGAAACGAGAAGGAAGUCUAGAGAGAUCUCAUCCCAGCUGGGGCCUCGCUGUAGAAGAAUUCCAUCAGCCCAACGAGCGUGAACAUGUCUGCUAUCCCGAAGAUUGCAUAAUGAAAGGAGAACCAGAAAAGGCUGGUCCGAUGGUUAUGUUGGUUGAACUCGUUCUUCCUCUUCACUUCCAUGGCCCCUGCAAUAGCCAUGGACAUAGCUGAGAGGACAAGUCCUACGCCAACUCUCUGAAGGUGAGUUAUUCCAUUCGUGUGGCCAGUGAACAUCCUCAUUACAGGAACAAAGAGGAACUCGUAGAUGGGAAUGAGGACGGACAUGAAUACAAGAGGAAUGACUGGAAUUGAAGCAGCAGGUACGUCAAACUUGCCAAGGCUAGGGUCCAUUAGUGUACCUUGUUGCACUGAGAUUGUUUGUAGCUGUGCCAAACAUGUGUUCAUGAGGAUAGUACUUAGGAGGAUUGGCAUCAUCCUUGUUAGGAUUCACUACUUCUACUUGAGUGACAGUACAAAGCCUCCAUUUUCCUUGCUUAUUUUGGUGCCUUGCAUUUCAACCGCAGCUUUGUCUAGUACUCUAUUCAUGAUUCAGAUGACAACAUAAGAUUAGCAUGAUUAUAUAAACCCCUUUGAUUUAA